UUUAGCUCACAUAUUCUCAGAUCAAACUCGUAUCAAUUGAAUUAUUUUAAAGAUCAACCGCAAAUCAAUAAUAUAAUGUGUAUUAAACAAUCACAGUGAUACUAAAUUAUAACAAACACCGUGUAUAAAAACCUAACAAAAUCCAAACAUGUGACGUGUGAAAAAAAAGUUAUUAAAUUUCGAUAAUGAAAGUUUUAUAUCAAUUAUUUCUAAUUAUAUUAUCAGUAUUAAUAAAAGUGAACGCAAUAAAAUUCUAUAAGAGUGUCCGUCCAUUGCCCAGUUUUCAAGUAAAGCCGUGUCUUAAUAACGACAACAUAGUAUCGUAUUUCAAAACUGGCUUAGAAGAUGGUUACAAUAUAACCAUAAAGAAAUCGAUUACCAUAGGUACGGAAUUGCGACUGACAUUCGAUUCAGAAACCGCACUAUCAUUGGGAAACGGUGCAAGAUAUUCGAGCUCAGAAGAUAAUGUUUAUAAUGUAUUUAAAUUGAUCUUCGUCGAUAACAUUGAUGAUUACGUAAUCAAUGUGAAGGGACACCCUGCCCCAUAUUCACCUCCAUAUUUAACCAGUCUUAAAAUUGACGGAGAAGAAAAUUGCCGGGCAGCUAAUUUGACAUACUUCGAAGAUUUUCCAGUUGGUGUGGCGAAACGAAAAAAUGUACCAGAUCGUUUUUGUGGCAAGCGCAAGGUUCUGCAUACCGAGCUCAUAGUCAAUGGAGUUAACACGAAAUCUGGCGACUGGCCUUGGCACGUUGCUAUUUACAGACAAGAAAGGUCUUCACUGAGAUACGUCUGUGGUGGUACACUUAUAUCUAAGAAUUUCAUUUUAACAGCCGCCCAUUGUACGACUAUUAACGGAUCUCCAGUUGUACCAGAUGUUCUGGGCGUAUUUCUAGGAAAAUAUCACCUAUUUCAAAGUGAUUCAACCACACAGGAAAUACAGGUGUACCGAGUAAUAGUCCAUGACGAAUAUAGCCAUAAUGAUCUUAAAAAUGAUAUAUCGUUAUUAAAACUGAGAACCGAAGUUGUGUUCAACAAUUACGUGCAGCCUGCCUGCUUAUGGUAUGAUGAAGCUUAUGACAAACUUACCUCUUAUGAAAUCCUUGGCACGGUGACUGGGUGGGGAUUCGAUAGAACAGACUCCUUGACAUCAACGCUCCAUUCUGCAAAGAUGCCCUUGAUUCCUAACUAUUCUUGUAUUUUAAGUAAUCCAAUUUUUUAUUCCAAUGCUUUAAGAAAUAAUAAGAAAUUCUGCGCUGGAUUUGCUAAUGGUACCUCAGCUUGUAACGGCGAUAGCGGUGGAGGUUUCCUGGUCUUCAUACCAGAUAUAAUUGAUGGAAAGGAUGACAACAAAGUACCUGGCGCUUGGUACGUCAGAGGCAUCGUCUCAGCGAGUUUAUCAAGACAGGAUGCGGCAAUAUGUGAUCCAAAUUCAUAUGCUGUAUUUACGGACGUAUCCAAAUAUUUGACAUGGAUUCAAGAUUAUAUUACGAGUAAUUGAAAAGUAACUGUAGUUGAUAGUUGCUUCUUGAUUAAAACUAUUGUGGACUGUAUAACUUGACUUUAUUAUAAACUAGUUUCGAAUCACGGCUUCGCCUGCGUAUGAGGGGUCAGGUGUGGGAGGUAUCCUCAAUAUUUUCUGUACCCCUGACAACUCGCAUACGAAAUUUCAUGAUAGAUUGACUAGUUCAGAUGUGAAAACGUCGUAAAUGAAUAAAUCAACUUUAUUUCCCAUUUAUAGUAUAAUUAACGAUUUUGAUCCUUUACGGUCACUUCAGUAGGAUCAAAUGGGUGUGUCUCUUGUUGUUCUAUCGUCGAAAGCGUACAAAUAGUCUUGAUACAUAUUGUUUUAACUACUUUCAAUUUUUUUAACUGUUAAUUAGUACUUGUGGGACCGAGCUUCCAUUCCCUGUGACUUUCCUAAUCUAAAUAUAAAAUUUGUGAAAAAACGUUACAGCCGAAUCUCAUAAAAUAACUACUCAUUUAAAGUUUGACAUUAUGCAAUGACUGAAUUAUAA